AUGGCGCGCAUCUUGGACGCGAUUCGGGGUCACCAGCCACGGCUUCGGCCACGGUUUUUGACUAUUCACUAUGCAUACUUUAUUGGAGUUUCAUUGAUCACGUCAAUUAUUUUCUGGGGUGCAUCGACGCCGGCGAGAAGCGUGAGAUACAUUGACGCUCUAUUCUUCACCGUGAGCGCCAUGACUGAGGCGGGUCUCAACACCGUCAAUCUGUCGACCCUGAACGUGUUUCAACAAGUUUGGGUAUCCAUAGCGAUUGUUUUCGUUCGUCGCCGCGCAUUCGAGAAGCGCUUCAGUGAUAUCGUGGAGGAGCAACAGCGUCUGAGGAAGCGAAAAGGUUCUUUGAGCUUGAGAAGACUAAGUUCAGCAUCUAUCCCCCGUCCUUUUGCAAACAACAACCUGGGUCUGCUUCGUUCCCGGUCAUUUCGAACCGAACCAAAAGAGCAACCGAGCACCAUGCAGCCGGAUCACGACCACCAUGAUCCCGAAUCGAACAUGGGCAUAUCAGCUCCUUUAGAGUCACAUACAGUCUUGCAGAAGAAAAGUUCAUUCAAUGAUGGGAGUCAAGAUGAGCAGGAGCAAGGGCAGCAAGAUGAUUCCGCGCCAAAUCAAAUCACCUUCGCUGCGGAUGUCCAAGAUCCGUCACCAACCGCGUACCAACGAAACCUACGUCCGCCGUAUACAAAUGUCCGCGGUCAGGUAGAAUCUCAAGAGAAAGGUCACAAUGAAGAAGCCGCCGACCAUCUUUCUCAUUUCCUUGAUAUGUUUGGUCGCAAUUCAUCAUUCCACCACCUCAGCGAAGCAGAACGGCGUCGUCUUGGGGGAGUUGAAUAUCGAGCGGUCUGUCUUUUAUCGGUGAUCGUGCCCCUUUAUCUAUUCCUUUGGCAAUUUCUAGGUGCCCUCGCUGUUGGCGCUUAUGUGGCGCGAAAUCACGGUGAUUUGACAAGACAAAAUGGGAUCAAUCCUUGGUGGACCGGAGCAUUUUUUGCAAUCUCGGCUUUCAAUAACUCCGGCAUGAGUUUACUUGAUGCCAAUGCGGUGCCAUUUCAAGACUCCCGGUUUUUCCUUAUCACUUUGGGUCUGCUCAUCUUAGCGGGGAAUACUUGCUAUCCAAUCUUCCUUCGUGGAUCGCUCGUCGCCAUCAAAAAGUUUACGCCGGAAAUCGAGUAUUUCCAACAGUAUAGAGAAACAGUGACAUUCCUGUUGCAACAUCCUCGCCGCUGUUAUACCACACUCUUUCCUUCGACUCAUACCUGGUGGCUUUUAUGUUCAGUAAUUGUGCUAAAUGGUAUUGACUGGGUUGCGUUUGAGAUUUUGAAUUACGAUAACCCCGCGGUUGACACUAUACCAUUGGGACCGCGGAUUCUAGAUGGCCUCUUCCAAGCACUCUGUGUUCGAAGUGGAGGUUUCUACGUUGUGCCCAUCUCUUCCUUGCAGGUCGGCCUCCAAGUUCUGUAUGUUAUAAUGAUGUAUAUCUCUGUCUAUCCGGUCGUCAUUACGAUGCGAAACUCGAAUGUCUACGAAGAGCGCAGUCUGGGCAUCUAUGCAGAUGAUCCAUCGGCAAAUGAGGCAGGCGACUUGCAGUCAUCUUCAUCUGCAGAUUCACAGAACCCUCUUUCAAAAAUGACCCCGCGCGGCCGGCGUUAUUUCGUGCAGCACCAAUUACGUCUCCAACUAGCACACGACUCGUGGUGGCUUGCGCUCGCCGUGAUAAUCAUCAGUAUCAUCGAAGCUGGCAACUUUACGCGCGAUCCAGUGACGUACUCGGUGUUCAACAUCCUAUUUGAGACGGCAUACAGCUUCUCUGGUGGCUGGCACACACUUAGCAAACUUGUGCUAUGUGCGGUGAUGAUCCGGGGUCGACACCGCGGUCUUCCUGUCGCAAUUGAUAGAGCCAUUCUUUUGCCAGGUGAGUAUCUGGGAAAAGCCGAAGAUGAGGAUGCAAAUAUACGUUUCGAGAGAACGCUCAGCCGAGCACGGAGUUACAUGUGA